AUGCAGAAAAUCAUUGAGCUCAUCCUGCGCAAGGUCGAAAUCAACCUCCGCAAUGCAGCUUACAAGCAAUGUACCGGACGUAGCGCCGCGCACAGCCAAGCUAGAUCCACGCUGCCUUCGGGUCAGAGUAGCCGCAAGACGUCUGUGAGCUCAGGCUCAAAGCGCAAGUCCCGUUUGGAGGGCAGCCCACCGCCAGAAGAUGAUGACGAAGACGGCUCAAGCAAGCGACGUCGUGGAUCAACGACCACUACCGACGAGUCCGAAACCGGUGCGAGGUUCGCAUGUCCUUUCUACAAACACGACCCGGAUCGGCAUCGCAACAGGAGAACCUGUCCCGGGCCUGGCUGGCCAACCGUUCAUCGAAUGAAAGAGCAUCUCUACCGGUCACAUUCCCAACCGAUAUUCUGUCCAAUCUGCUACGCGACCUUCAAGUCAGACAAGGAGCAAUCGAGUCACGUGCGUCUGCAGCAAUGCGAGAGAUCAUUACCCCAACAGAUCGAAGGGAUCGACCGCGAAACUGUGUGGACGCUGAGGAAGCGCACCACCGCGCUGAGACUAGAAGAAGACAAAUGGAGAGAUGUGUAUCAGGUUCUCUUCCCAGAAGUAUCUGCCGCCGAGAUACCCAGUCCCUUCUACGAUUGCGACUCGCCGAGCGAAACUUCGCGACGCUUCCGCAGAGAUCUUCUGCGCCGCGUACAAGAAGAGCUACUCAUGGAAUCCGGACAAGUCCCCACUCUAGCCGAGCAACAGCUCCUGCAGCGCGUGGCCGAAAUAGUGCGCCGCUGCGAACACGACCUACUGAACCAAGCGCAGCCGCCAUCUUCCCCACCCUCCAACCCAGACCGACGUGCAAGUGCCAGCUCUAUAAAUAGCUCGUACCAAGCCACGCCCCUUCCCGCAGCCACUCCGGCCUUCCAGAGGCCAUCCCUAGCUGUACCAACCAACGUGACUGGCCGGGAACACAGAUAUGAUUCUCUUGUUGAGGCAGAUGCAGCGCCGUACAUACCAGAACCCACAAUGGAGUUUGGUGAUGUGGUUUGGAACGAUCCGCCAUAUGUUUUUGGCACGGGCAUUAAUUGGGAGGCUGUCUUUCCGCCUGCGCCUGAGACGCAGUAUCUAGGGGGUGAUGAGGUGGGUACGAAUUUUUCGGUGCCGAUGUGGACGUAG